GAGGGAUUUUUGAAACUGUGGAAAAUGAACCUGUUAAUGUUGAAGAAUUAGCUUUCAAGUUUGCAGUCACCAACAUUAACAGAAACCGAACCCUGAUGCCUAACACCACGUUAACCUAUGACAUCCAGAGAAUUAACCUUUUUGAUAGUUUUGAAGCGUCACGGAGAGCGUGUGACCAGCUGGCCCUUGGUGUGGCUGCCCUGUUUGGUCCUUCCCAUAGUUCCUCCGUCAGUGCUGUGCAAUCUAUCUGCAAUGCUCUGGAAGUUCCACACAUACAGACCCGCUGGAAGCACCCCGCGGUGGACAAUAAGGACUUGUUUUACAUCAACCUCUAUCCCGACUAUGCAGCUAUCAGCAGGGCUGUUCUGGACCUCGUCCUCUAUUACAACUGGAAAACGGUGACCGUGGUGUACGAAGACAGCACAGGCCUAAUUCGUCUGCAGGAGCUCAUCAAAGCUCCCUCCAGAUACAACAUUAAAAUCAAAAUCCGCCAGCUGCCCUCUGGGAACAAAGAUGCCAAGCCUCUACUUAAGGAGAUGAAGAAGGGCAAGGAGUUCUAUGUGAUAUUCGAUUGUUCACGCGAAACCGCCGCUGAAAUCCUUAAGCAGAUUCUCUUCAUGGGCAUGAUGACCGAGUACUAUCACUACUUUUUCACAACCCUGCUGGUUUUGGAGAGGUUUGAGAAAAAAUAUGAACAAUGGAACCAAUGA